AUGGGAGGAAAUACCUCAAGUAAUCGUGGCAGGCCUAGUGCACUGAGGGGAGGACAGAGUGGGGUGCGGGGCCGAUCAUUUCAGAUGACAAAAAGUAAGGCCGAAACAACACCAAAUGUGGUAACAGGGUGUGGGCUGUCGAUCCAAUUAUUUCCUAUGCCGAUGAAAGAAUUCGACGUUGUAGUGGGAAUUGAUUGGUUAGCAGAAAAUCGGGCCAGUAUUUUGUAUACAAAGAAAAUUAUCAUUAUUGAUUUGCCGGAGAAAAGACCAAUUGUUAUUUAUGGUGAUCAGCAGGAUCACCAUACCAACUUGUUAUCAGUGUUGAAAGCCCGAAAAUGUAUUGAGAAAAGAUGUCAGGGUUAUCUAGCUUCUGUGAUAGAUUCAAAGAAAGAAAAAGGCAAUCAAGAGUCAAUUCCGGUUGUCUGUGACUAUCCAGAAGUCUUUUUGGAAGAUUUGACCGGUCUACCGCCUGAUAGAUCUAUCGAGUUCAAAAUUGAUCUGGUACCCAGGGCAGCACCAGUGGCUAGAGCACCGUAUCGAUUAGCGCCAUCAGAAUUGAAAUAG